GGCGGGCCUCUGUCCUUCGGUCUGAGCUCGGCCAGCGCUCACCUACGAUGGAACGGGCGAUGGAGCAGCUCAACGUCCAGCUGACCCGGCUGACACGCUCUCUCCGUCGGGCCAGGACAGUGGAACUCCCCGAAGACAAUGAAACGGCCGUGUACACGCUGAUGCCCAUGGUGAUGGCAGGUCAGCACAGGUCUGUGUCGGAGCUUCUCCAGAACUCCAGGUUUGACGUCAACUACGCCUUUGGCCGGGUGAAGAGGAGCCUGCUGCACAUCGCUGCAAACUGCGGGUCAGUGGAGUGUCUGGUUCUGCUGCUGAAGAAGGGCGCCAAUCCCAACUAUCAAGACAUCUCAGGCUGUACUCCUCUUCAUCUGGCUGCUCGAAAUGGACAGAAGAAGUGCAUGAGUAAGUUACUGGAAUACAACGCAGACGUCAACAUCUGCAACAACGAGGGCCUGACUGCUAUCCACUGGCUGGCAGUAAACGGGCGAACAGAGCUGCUGCAUGACCUGGUCCAACACGUGUCCAAUGUGGAUGUAGAGGAUGCCAUGGGGCAGACGGCUCUACAUGUGGCCUGUCAAAAUGGACACAAAACGACGGUGUUGUGUCUCCUGGACAGCGGGGCUGACAUCAACCGGCCCAACGUCUCCGGAGCCACGCCCCUUUACUUCGCUUGCAGCCAUGGCCAAAGGGACACUGCUCAGAUCCUGCUGUCUCGAGGAGCCAAGUAUCUCCCUGACAAGAAUGGGGUGACUCCUCUGGAUCUGUGCGUGCAGGGAGGUUAUGGGGAGACCUGCGAGAUUCUUAUCCAACACCACGGAAGGCUGUUCCAGACGCUUGUUCAGAUGACGCAGAACGAUGACAUUAAGGAGAACAUGGUCAGACAGGUUCUGGAGCACGUAUCCCAGCAGAGCGACUCCAAUUACCACAAAAUUCUGUCCAGCCUGGCUGAGGUGGCCACCACCAAUGGACACAAGCUUCUCAGCCUUUCCAGCAGCUAUGAGGCUCAGAUGAAGAAUCUGUUAAGGAUUGUGCGAAUUUUCUGCCACGUCUUUUGCCUGGGGCCGUCCUCCCCCAACAAUGACAACGACAUGGGCUACAACGGGAACAAGACGCCCCGCAGUCAAGUGUUUAAGCCGCUGGAGCUCCUCUGGCACUCGCUGGAAGAGUGGCUGGUGCUCAUCUCUACAGAGCUGGAAAGAAACAACAAAAACUCAUCUUCCAACACAGAGAUAGCCUCCUUGCUCCUCAAACAACACGCGUCUGACUGCUUAGAGACUACCCCGAAGCUUUCCUGCUUACUGGACCCUCAGAUCGUCAUGGAGGCAAAGGCUGAUGGAGAGGACGUGAUCUCCAUGACAGCCAAUCGGCUCAGCGCCGUCAUUCAGGCAUUCUACUUAUGCUGCUCAUGUCAGAUGCCGCAGGGAUCUGCAACUGUCUGUAUACAAGAUAAAAAGGAGAGGGGAAAGGACACACCCCUGAGGAGACCCAGUGUUACAAAUGGAAGAAUGACCUCGCCCCGUUUCAUCGAGUUUGUCUGCAAACACGACGAAGUGCUGAAGUGUUUUGUGACCAGAAAUCCCAAAAUCAUUUUUAACCAUUUUCACUUCCUGCUGGAGUGUCCUGAGCUGAUGUCACGGUUCAUGCACAUUAUUAAGGCUCAGCCUUUCAAAGAUCGUGCUGAGUGGUUUUACGAGCAUCUCCUGGCCGGACAGCCGGACUCUGACAUGGUUCACCGCCCCGUCAGCGACAGUGACAUCCUGCUCAUCCAUAGAGACUCCAUCUUCAGGAGCAGCUGUGAUUCUGUCUCCAAGUCCACCAAUGAAAAGCUCAAACAAGGAAUUGCUGUUCGUUUCCAUGGUGAAGAGGGCAUGGGUCAGGGUGUGGUGCGGGAGUGGUUUGACGUUCUGUCCAGCGAGAUCAUUAAUCCAGACUAUGCCCUGUUCACGCAGUCUGCUGAUGGUACAACUUUUCAGCCCAACAGCAACUCCUCUGUCAAUCCUGAUCAUCUGAACUACUUCCAGUUUGCGGGUCAGAUUCUCGGUCUGGCUCUGUACCACCGGCAACUGGUCAACAUCUACUUCACCCGCUCCUUCUACAAACACAUCCUGGGAAUCCCUGUGAACUACCAGGAUGUGUCGUCCAUUGACCCAGAGUACGCCAAGAACCUGCAAUGGAUCUUGGACAAUGACAUUAGUGAUCUGGGUCUGGAGCUCACCUUCUCUGUUGAGACAGAUGUGUUUGGAGCCAUGGAGGAAGUUGCUCUUAAACCUGGGGGGACAAGUAUCCUGGUCACACAAGAAAACAAGGCCGAGUACGUGCAGCUGGUGACAGAGCUGAGGAUGACGCGUGCCAUCCAGCCGCAGAUAAAUGCCUUCCUGCGGGGGUUUCACACCUUCAUCCCCCCCUCCCUCAUUCAGCUGUUUGAUGAAUAUGAAUUGGAGCUCUUGCUUUCUGGGAUGCCAGAGAUCGAUGUGGAGGACUGGUUCAGAAACACGGAGUACACUAGCGGGUACAGCGUGCUGGAGCCUGUCGUUCAGUGGUUCUGGGAGAUAGUGAGGAGGCUAACCCAAGAAGAGCGCAUUCUUCUGCUUCAGUUUGUCACUGGAAGCUCUAGGGUUCCCCAUGGGGGCUUUGCAUUCCUGAUGGGGGGCAGUGGCCUACAGAAGUUCACCAUUGCUGCUGUGCCAUACACUCCCAACCUGCUGCCCACCGCCAGCACAUG